AUGAGCCUGUGUAUUUACACCAUUCUUUCCAGAAGGAGCUGGUUCACCACCAAGGAGCUCGGAGUGGACGCAGAAGCCCAGAGACAUGUGGAGCUGUCAUCUGCUGGCAGUGUCUUUGUGCUGGAGGAGAAACACGGCUGGACCAAAGCUGCAGAUUCCAGCGUUCGGUGUCGGAGAGGGGCACACUGCUGGCUGUCGCAGCCCGAGCCCCGAGGCUGCCUGGAAAGGCGGGUCAGCCCCCCAGAGCCCCGGCCUGCUCGGGGCUCGAAGGCCAGAACCCACACUGGGGCUGGGCCCGCCGCCCCUCCUCUCCAGGCCCCUGGCCGUGGCCCUGGUGGACCUUGUGUCCUGCUCGACAAAGCCAAGGCCUACUUCACACAGGCCCAGGGGCCAGCCGACAUCCCCCCAGAGCACAUUCUUUCCCAGCACGUGACGAGGGUCUCCUCCUGGUUGAAUCUGGGGCCUGGAACGCUGCUGCUCGGAGGGACCAGCUCCCUGACGCUGGGGUCUGCAUGCCCAUGCCCUGCACCCCCGGGCCUGUGGGCCUCCUCCACUCCGCUCCGAAGCGGCUCCUGCACACGGCUGCGGUUGUGUCCCUGCCUUGUGAACCCGGCCCUGCCUCUCGCUAACUCCCAGAAGCCAAGGCGCCAAGACGUCACGUCCUGCCUGCGCCGGGUCCUCAUGGGGCCCCGUCGAGGUGCAGAGAUGAAGCUGGGCAGCUCCCCACUGGCCCUGGAGGAGGCCUUCCCCGUGGGGGUCAUGCUCUGGCCAGUGUGGGGUCUUCACACCGCCCUGUGUGCCUCGGCGGUGGCUCCGAGGGUGCGGCGGGCAGCUCCCUCUGUCCACUCAAGCGUCAUCCCUGGUCGGGUGGUUCCCUCAUCGUCCCUUGCAGGCUGCAGCCAGGGUGUCGGCGGAAGCUGCGGUCCGGCCUGCUGGGACUGGAGGCCUGUCCUCCACCGGCACGUGCUGGAGAUGAGACAGGAGCCUCUGGGGCGCGAUGUGAACAGGGAGGUGUGUGCUCUUACCUUUCCCGUGAACCUGCUGUGGAGACAGAAGACGGAGCGCAGGUGGUGGGUCGUUCCCGGCAGCAGAGGAGAGAAGCGUCUACUGAGCUGCACCAUGUGCUGUCUUGACGCCCCGCCAGGAGCCCAGACCCUCCUGCAGCCACGUGGACCGACAGUGGUGAAGGCAGGAAAUGAGGGAAGCCAGGCUGCUCCCGCCACGGUGAAUAGUCUAGUCAUGGCGAGCCAUGUCUUCUGUUUUAAUUCACUUCGGACGCUGCCUGUUGCUCCUGUGCUCAGCGCUCUGCAAGUGCCUCACACGCAGCGGCUACAAGUGCUCAGAGGGGACGACUGUCUGAGGGAGAGCCGCUGGUCCACAGCCGGUAUAGCCACCUUCCUCGGACACUCCAGCCUCACUUCCUGUUACUGUUCAGUGAAGCCGCGUGAGAGGCAGAGCCCUUCUGCCGAGAAGGCGGAACCAACUGCUGAUCAGAAACAGGACGUUUUAUUCUUCUCCUGA